UCUUAGGGGCGUUGCUGGGUUUUAUCCUGACAUGACCCCCUCCCCUACCACUGCCAUCUCAUGCUCCUCCACUGACAGCUCCUCAAUUAUGCCGCCUAAUAAUGAGCAGGCAGGGACGGUCAGCCUAAUGAUAUUGUAUGUCACCGCCACGACUUGGCAGAGUUUCUGCUGAAUCAUGGUGAGCAUGUUCUCACAGCCUUUAUAGGAAGCUGCGCGUCCACCGCACGCUCAUUGUCUCCGAGCCUGCCCUGGAGAAAGGAGGACAGUUAAGAAAACAAAGCGGAGACCUUGGGACGUCCUGCCUUACGCUUCCCUGUGCUUUCCGUUCCUGUGUGCGGUUUUCGGAGAACGUACACGGAAUCCUCCUGCCGAACCUUUCGGUGCAUGUUACAGAUCGCAGGAUCUCCGACCAGAGUCUGACUCGUGUAUGCUUCCUCAGGUCGCAAGAAUGACCUGCAGAAAAGUGACCAAGCUUGUCCGGAGCGUUGAGCAGUCGGAGGGGGAUGGUGCCCGUGUCCACAGGAGCAUUGGCAGACCAGAGCUAAGAAAUUUGGAUCCAUUCCUGAUGUUGGAUGAAUUUAAAGGGGGCAAACCAGCAGGCUUCCCAGAUCACCCUCACAGAGGAUUUGAAACAGUUUCUUACUUACUGGAUGGAGGGUCCAUGGCGCAUGAAGACUUUUGUGGACACGUUGGCAGAUUGGACCCUGGAGACUUGCAGUGGAUGACAGCUGGCCGUGGUAUUGUCCAUGCAGAGAUGCCUUGUACAGAUGAACCAGCACAUGGAUUACAACUGUGGGUUAAUCUGAGAAGUUCUGAGAAGAUGGUUCCACCCGAAUACCAGGAGCUAAAAAAUGCUGACAUUCCCAAACCAUCGAAAGAUGGAGUAACCGUUACUGUUAUCUCUGGAGAGUCAAUGGGAAUCAAGUCAAAAGUCUAUACAAGAACACCGACUCUGUUCCUGGACUUCAAACUAGAAAAAGGUGCAAAGUUCACCCAGGCCAUACCUAAAGGAUGGACCGCUUUCAUCUACACACUGCAAGGAGUGAUACAAGUUGGUUCACCUGACUCCCACAAAAAAAUUGAGGCUCACCACACAGCAGUGCUGGAAGAUGGCGACGAUGUACAGCUGGAAAACAAGGGGGAUGAACUGGCCCACUUGGUUUUGGUUGCUGGAGAACCGAUAAAUGAACCUGUCGUGCAGCAUGGUCCGUUUGUGAUGAACACAAGAGAAGAAAUUUCCAAGACCAUUGAGGAUUACCACCUCUGCAAAAAUGGAUUUGAAAAAGCCAGUACGUGGAAAUCUAAGAUUGGGAAAAAAUAAACUGGAAAGAUUAUGCACAUUUUUCGAAGAAUUCAUGUACUGACAGUCGAUAUGAAUAGAGCUAUACUCUUAUAAUGGAUGCUUAGGAAUUUGGGCUUUUGUUACAAUCUCUAUAAUAGCAUAUUCUGUAUUUUUAUAUCUAACUCUAGUAUAUCUUGUAAAUGUUGGUGAAGAUACCAGGGAGGAACAUAUGAUGCUCUGUUUGCACUGUUUGAAAUUGAUGUUAUAAAUUUCUAGUAAUAAAACUAUUAUCCCUUAAGCUAAAAAAAAAAAUCAUAUAUGUUACUGUGUAAGGGAAGCUCACAAAAUCACUGGCUCAGGGGUUAGCACUGUUGUCUUGAAGCACUGGUGCCUCCUGGCUUGAAUCCAAACACUGCAAAAUCUGCAUGGAGUUUGUAUGUUCUGAAUGUGCACAUGUGAGUAUUGGUUCUACUUACUGGAACAGCUAUAGGGCAGUGUUGCAAUGUACAAUGUGCAGAUUGAGCCAUGGGUGGAAUAUCUUCAUCUAAAAUAAUCCCUUGCUAGAUUGUCUGCCAGGGGCAGACUGGCAACUUAAAGUGGCCCUGGAAAAAAAACUAAAAGUGGCUCAACCAAAUUGACAGACGUUGGGGAACAAAAGUAAGCAGGGCAAACACAAGAAGGCAGGGUGCACCAUACUAUCUGCAAUGCAGGCCACAGGACUCAUCCAGCCUGAGGCCUUAGAUGCCCUCCUGGAAGCCUAGUACCUAUUUCCUAUGAGAGUGAAUGGCUCGGCAGGAAGCCCUAGGCUCCUGUGCCCUCAACAGUAUUAAGCUGUAUCACCGUCCUGAUAUUGGUGAUACAGUUGACAUGAGGGCACCUGUGGUACCCAGCCGGAUACAUA